UCCGUAUCCAAAUUUCUUACCAUGUGUCUAAAAUGGGGGGAAAUAGAGGUAGAAGAAGAAGUGUGUGAAAAAAAAGAAAUGGGAAACAUCAAUAAUGGAAAGAAGAGAGAAAAUAGAGACGAAAUCCCCAAAUAUUAUUAUUUUUCCUGCUCCUGCUCACAUUCACAUGCCUUCUCCUUCUUCUUUUUCAUUCUGUCUCUCUCUUCUACUGAACUGAAUCUCCAACCAACGCCUCCUUCUUCAUUCUCUGCUCUGUUUCUCAAAUCCCUUUCCAUGGCUUCCUCCUAUUCCGCUCUCAUUAUAGCUUUUCUUCAUCUACUCGCCACUUCCAUGGCUGCAACCUUCACCUUCGUCAACAGGUGCGAUUUCACCGUCUGGCCCGGCAUUCUCGCCAAUGCCGGCAGCCCCACUCUCCAGACCACCGGAUUCGAGCUCCCCACAGACUCUUCCCGCUCUUUUCUAGCUCCCACCGGCUGGUCCGGCCGAUUCUGGGGCCGGACUUCCUGUUCCUUCGACGCGUCCGGUUCCGGAUCCUGCAUCACCGGCGACUGCGGCUCCGGCCACGUUGAGUGCAACGGCGCCGGAGCCACCCCGCCCGCCACUCUCGCCGAGUUCACUCUCGGUACCGGCGGCCAGGACUUCUACGACGUCAGCCUCGUCGACGGCUACAAUCUACCCAUGAUAGUCGAGGGAACCGGCGGGUCGGGUCAGUGCGCGUCCACGGGUUGCUCCACGGAUCUGAACCGGCAGUGUCCGGCGGAGCUGAGGGUCGGCGAAGGGGACGCGUGUAAGAGCGCGUGCGAGGCGUUUGAGACGGAAGAGUACUGUUGCAGCGGCGCGUACGGUUCACCCGCCACCUGCAAACCCUCAAUCUACUCGGAAAUGUUCAAAUCGGCUUGCCCUAGAUCCUACAGCUACGCCUACGACGACGCCACCAGCACCUUCACCUGCUCCGGCGCCGACUACACCAUUACAUUCUGCCCCUCAUCUCCAAGCCAAAAAUCAUCAAGCUUUCCUACCCCAACAACAGCAGAAACAUCUCAAGGGUUCGGAUCUGAGACUGGGUCUGGGUCGGGGUCGGGGUCGGAAUAUGGGAUGGGGUAUUCAGGAGCAUCUGGAACUGAUAUGUUAGGGGCAGGUGCCAGUUCAGGUUCAGGAUCGGGGUCGGGAACUGGGGAAACUAUGCUAGCAGAUGGUUCAUGGUUGGCUGGUUUGGCCAUGGGAAACUCAGCAAAAACAGUAUCGUCUACAUCCACUCCACUGUGGAUGGCAUCAUUUAUAGCCAUUCUAUCUUCUCUCUUCUUGUAGCCCUCUCCAAUUUCCCCCAACUUAUGGCUUCAGCGUCAGGAUUUGCAGUUGGUAGGAACGGUAAGGAUCUUCCCCAGAUUGUAAAAUGCCAUCUUCUUGAAUGAUUCAUUUUCUUUUUAGUUUGAGAAUGUUUUGGUGCUCUUUUUUCAUUUGGGUUUUGUUGUUCCCUUCCAAAGCUGUCAUUGGGUUUCUGAUUUAGAUUGGAAGUUUGUUCCUUUUGAUUACUUGAAUCAGGAAGGAAAGAAAUGUUUCUGAAUCAGAACAUUGUUUGUGGUGUGAACAAGAUGACAAGCAUGGCCGGUUUUGUAACAGAGAAGGAUCGCUUGGCCUGUAAUGCAAGUCACAGGUCACAGCUUUGGCUUUUUGUAUGUCAGCUGAGGGAAAAAAAAUGAAAAAGAUGCAACUUUUCAAAGUCCCUUUAAGUGUACUAUUAUUUUGGUUUAGUGGAAUGUGAAAUUUUGUCAA